CCUGCUUUCAAUUAGCCCCUGAUGGGUGGAGUAAUGCAAUCAGGAGUAACUUCAGCUCACCCGCAGCCUCCUCUCUCAGUCUGCCCCAGACUCCGCACAGGCACACACUCCUCAGAUAGGAAGCUGAGUGACUCUGGGUCAAGAUGACCGAGCGCUACGACUGCCACUACUGCAAGGAGUCCCUGUUUGGGAAGAGAUAUGUCCUGAGAGAGGAGAAUCCCUACUGUGUGAAAUGCUACGAGAGCCUGUACUCCAACACCUGUGAGGAGUGCAAGAAGCCCAUUGGCUGCAACUCCAGGGAUCUGUCCUACAAGGACCGUCACUGGCACGAGGACUGUUUCAAGUGCUUCCAGUGUAAGCGCUCGCUGGUGGACAAGCCCUUCUCCACCAAGGAUGAACAGCUGCUCUGCACCGAGUGCUACUCCAACGAGUACUCCUCCAAGUGCCAUGACUGCAAGAAAACCAUCAUGCCAGGCUCCAGGAAGAUGGAGCACAAGGGGAACAGCUGGCAUGAGACCUGUUUCACCUGCCAGAGAUGCCAGCAGCCCAUCGGCACCAAGAGCUUCAUCCCUAAGGACAACCACAACUUCUGCGUGCCCUGCUAUGAAAAGCAGUUUGCCAUGCAGUGCGUGCACUGCAAGAAGCCCAUCACCACUGGUGGGGUGACCUAUCAUGACCAGCCCUGGCACAAGGACUGCUUCCUGUGCACCAGCUGCAAGCAGCAGCUGACUGGCCAGAGGUUCACCUCUAGAGAUGACUUCGCCUACUGUCUCAACUGCUUCUGCAACCUUUAUGCCAAGAAGUGCGCUUCCUGCACCACCCCCAUCAGCGGCCUCGGAGGAAGCAAGUACAUUUCCUUUGAGGAGCGCCAGUGGCACAACGACUGCUUCAACUGUAAGAAGUGCUCUGUGUCCCUGGUUGGUCGCGGCUUCCUGACUGAACGUGAUGACAUCCUGUGCCCGGAGUGCGGCAAGGACAUCUGAUUCGUCUGAGGGACGACGGAUACAUCUGAUCUGAUAACCAUGUAAUGACAGAGGAAUGAAAAAAAAAAAUUUAAAUACUACCAGAGCACAGCAUCUUUACAACCUAGCAUCACUAUGAAUGUACAUUGUCGUAUGCCAUGAAACAGAGACUAAUAAUGGUGUUAUUUGAAUUAAGAAAGUUUAUUUAAGUUAAAUGUUCACUCUGAGAAAAAAGUAAUUACUAAUAGAUAACUUUUGGUGUGAAUGUAAAGAUAUUUCAGAUUAUGAUUAUGAAGCAGCAAACUGUUUUCAGACAGACACUGUAUGAAUCUUUGUGAAAUAAACCUACAGUAUUAAUAUAAGCGAUCCACUUUGAAGUGUAAUAAUAAUCACUGCUUUGUGCAUGGAUUACCUUGAUGAAGUGAGUUGAGGUUUUAGUAGAGGUCUUGUGAAUGAGUUCUGCUCUUACCAAAGACUAUUCAACAAUAAAAUUUAAUCUAUUCAAUUA